CGAAAACGUAGGCCGCUGUCAAACUACAACCGACGUCGUGAGGCGCUGCUCAGAUAGCAGGAUCCCAACUCUACUCCUCGUUCGAUGGCACUCCACAUUAGCGACGACUCAACGGCUAUUAGCAUUGCCAAACUUGCUCUAGAAGUUGGCGCAGACGCUACAAAUACUAGUAAGGGUAUUCAUGCAGUGACAAACUUCUUCGGGAAGGAGGAGGCCACCAAGAACCUCCACCAAGGCCGGCGCUUCCUUUGCGAAGGCAUGGAUACCAUAGACAGAGACAGACAAGUCAUAACUACUACCGACCUGUGGCAGCUUCAAGGCCAACAUCAACAAGCACAGGGUAUGGGAGACGAACUAGAAGCGAAAUUGUCGAAGCCAUACCCAUUCUACAAGAAAGUCAUCAACCCACUGCGCCCUGCGCGGCGGAGGAAAGAAGGGAAAGCGUUCUGCCAGCUAUCAGCCCGUGGGCGAGAGCAAAGGCUUGUCAAUGAGCUACUUCAAGCUGUUGAAGAGACUACGCCCAGUGAUGGCCAGCAGCACGAAGUGUUGACCGCACACACGAAUGGCUCAGAAGUGACUAUAGCCAUACAAGAUGCUAGUGGCGACGGCGGCGGGUCCGCCCAGCUCACGGGUCGGUCUGCCAUUGCGGCCGUUUCAGGUUUCGGCUUUGCAUCCUCGUACGCUCCAGGCGAACUCGAGUAUGUUACUGUCAAAAGGAGGAUAAGUCUUGCGAGCGAUAUCGUUCGGAAUCCGUGGGAAGAUACCCCCGCCUCAUCUUCAUCUUUAUGAUGCUCAUUCGCGCCACGCGCGUGAAACGUAUUCUCCCUUCUUACUCGCUGUUGUUCUGCGUGGCUUGUACGAAUGCGUCAUAUCAUCGGUAUUUAUCUCAAACCGGGCUAGAAUAUAUAAAACUCUGUAAAUUGUAACUGUGAUACAC